AUGGCGCCUCUGUAUACCUAUCAGCCUUUCAAAGCCGCAUACUUCGCAUACUUCGCGCUCUCUUUGCUCGUCAAGGUGCCACUGUGGUCCAUAUACUACCUCCCAUGCAGAAACCGCCAGCGGGCCUCUUGGGAUCUUAGACGUGCUUUAAUCGUCAAGGUCGCCCAGUCCCUCUCUGCAUUCCCCAUCAAAGUGAAUCUCAGACAGAAAGUGGACCCGGGAAAGACGUACGAGAACGCACAAUUUGCUUGGAUAGAGCCUGUGGACGACAGCCUGGUUGUAGGGCGCUUGCGAGAAUAUGCCACUAACGCUGGCGUGUCUCCUGCCCGUAUCUCGGGGUACUGGAUCUUCAAGCCAGGAUUCCAGUUCGAAGGAGGCGGUCCCCCCAAGGCUGUGGAAGAUGAGAAGACGGUACUCCACUUUCAUGGAGGAGGCUUUACGACGGGCUCUGCAAACCCCAACUUCAUCACCUCUAACAUCACCAAAGGGAUCUUGCAAUACUCUCACAUCCUGAAGCGUACCUUCGGGGUCGAAUACCGCCUCGCAUCAUCACCUCCAGACACGGUUGAGAUUGAGAAUCCCUUUCCCGCAGCCAUCCUCGACGCUCUCGCGACCUAUCGAUACCUCGUUCAAGAGAUGGGAUUCAAGCCCGAAAACAUCAUCGUUGCAGGUGAUUCUGCGGGUGGACACAUUGCGCAGGUACUCGUUCGGUACCUAAUGGAAAAUCACAUUGCUUCCCUCCCGCCCCCUGGAUAUCUGGUCUUGAUCUCAACCGUGUUGGAUUUGUCAUUUUCGCGGAAUGUGCAUGGCUCUUCGGAUGAGCGAAAGCGCUUUACGGACAUAUUCAACCCGCAUAAGCCUCUGCGGGAGGUUAUGGCGUACAGCACCAGUUCUAUCUUAGGAAAGCUCAGUGAAGAACAGGCGAAGAUUGACCCUUUCUUAUCUCCAAUUUCGCCCCAUAUGCAACCUACUAAGGGCAUUUUUAGAGGAUUUCCCUCGGCGUAUGUGGUAGCCGGGGGAGCAGAGAGGUUAUGUGACGACUCCGAGGUGCUGGUGGAGAUGAUGAGGGAGGACGGCGUAAAAGUUGUGAGGGAUAUCCCUUCGGACGCGAUACAUGACUUUCUUAGCUUCCACUGGCAUGAACCGGAGCGCACACAAACGCUUAUCAGGAUUAGCAGAUGGGUGGAUGAGCUGUAG